AACAUCUCUAUGCUGCAUGCUCGUGUCAUUUUCCUUUCAUCGUUCUACGUAUUUUUUCUCGGUGCCACCAUCUUGAAUCGGGUUGGCUUCUUGAAAAAGGUCUCUAUUGGGCUAGUCCAAGUUGAAUUCGAUUUCUGCUAAGUUUAAACGUUUCCGGCAUAUGCCCGUCAUCGAUUUCCGCACUUAAAGUUUGCUCUUUUCCUUCAUUCUGGGAGUCUAUUUGCGACUACAGCAAAGAAGAAGAAGAGCGACUGCGAAUAUCGGCUGUGGAGGAAGCACUUCGGAACAUCAGGAAGUGAGAACAACGGGAUGACAUUGCCAAGCAGUGCACGAGUUUAUGCGGACGUUAAUUCGCACAAACCCCGCGAGUAUUGGGAUUAUGAGAAUUAUGUCGUAGAUUGGGCUAACCAAGACGACUAUCAGCUGGUUCGAAAACUUGGUCGAGGCAAAUACAGUGAAGUGUUUGAAGCUAUUAAAAUUACCAACAACGAAAAGUGUGUGGUGAAAAUUUUAAAACCAGUCAAAAAGAAGAAAAUUAAACGAGAAAUUAAGAUUCUGGAAAAUCUGCGUGGUGGCACGAAUAUCAUCACUUUGUUGGCUGUAGUGAAAGAUCCCGUUUCGCGCACACCGGCUUUGAUAUUUGAACAUGUAAAUAAUACUGAUUUUAAGCAGCUUUAUCAGACUCUUACCGACUAUGACAUCCGGUACUAUCUGUAUGAGCUCUUGAAGGCAUUGGAUUAUUGCCACAGUAUGGGUAUUAUGCAUCGUGACGUUAAGCCGCAUAAUGUAAUGAUUGAUCAUGAAAAUCGAAAAUUACGAUUGAUUGACUGGGGUUUGGCUGAAUUCUACCAUCCAGGACAGGAGUACAACGUUCGUGUUGCUAGUCGUUAUUUUAAAGGACCCGAAUUACUAGUCGAUUAUCAAAUGUAUGACUAUUCGCUGGACAUGUGGUCGCUUGGAUGUAUGCUCGCCUCAAUGAUUUUCCGAAAGGAGCCAUUCUUUCAUGGUCACGAUAACUACGACCAACUGGUUCGCAUUGCCAAGGUUUUGGGUACUGAGGAUCUUUUCACGUAUCUCGACAAAUACAAUAUCGAGUUAGAUCCUCGCUUCAAUGAUAUCCUCUCGAGACACUCCCGCAAGCGAUGGGAACGCUUUGUGCACUCUGAAAAUCAACAUCUUGUAUCACCAGAAGCUUUGGAUUUUUUAGACAAACUACUUCGUUAUGAUCAUUACGAACGUCUCACUGCAAGGGAAGCUAUGGAACAUCCGUAUUUUGCGAUCAUCGUCAACGGUCAAAUGCCUCCACCAUCGUCCUCAGCAAAAGGGAGUAAUCAAUAAAAAUUGUACUGUAAUACAUCUAAUAACUACAAUAAAUAAUGAAGAAAAUGGUUAAACAGGUGAAAAAGUAAAGAAAUUCCAUUUUCGUUUAAAUAACUGGAUUGAAACCUCUUCUCUUAUUUUGAUUGCGCAAUUGUCAGACAACCAGGAUACACGCGGAAGCUAGAAUAGCUUUGAACAUGAAUUCCAAAAAGUAAAACAUGCAAAAAGGCUGAUUUAAAAGCCGUUUCUAUUUUUCUGAUUAGCGAAUUACUCGGUAGGGCUAAUGCUGUAACAAAGGAAUAUGUUUUCUUAUUUUAAUUUCAUUUCUGUUAUUUUAGGCAAGGUAAAAUCACUCGUAAUUGAAGAAAAAGAUUCUUUGGAUUUAUCAUUGCAAAGAAAAAGAUAGUUUCAAAUUGUUUUUGUUUAAACGUCUUGAUAUAUUUUUGAACUUAUACUAACAAGAAUUUUUCAGUCCCAUUACUCACUCAGGAUAAAUGCUGCAUGACAGCGCUACGAUUCAAAUGUAAAACAUUGUUGGCAUAACCACAUAUGUGGUAAUUACGGAGGAAACAUAAGUUUUUUUUAUUCUUUGUUCUUGGACGAAACUAUCACAUCAACAAUUCCAGUGUAUUUCAGUAUAGUUGAACUGAAAAAUUGUUAUCAUGUUCAACGAAAUUAAGGUUAAACUAGGGAUAAUUUGAUUUCCAUCAUCUAACACAGUGGCUCUCAACCUUUUUCAUGCCACGGGCUCCUCAGAAAUCGCCUUGGGUUGCAGCAGACCCCCACGGUUAAACAUCGAUUUUGUAUGCUAUCAAUGUAUAAUUUUCAGUCUGUUAGGAAACAAGACUGUAUGUAUAAAUGCUGUUUCGUGAAUACAUAUUCAUCCUCAAGGAAAAUUAAUAAGUUUCGGUCGCAACUAUAUUGAAACAUUGGGUAGUUCGAUGAAAUCGUCAUCUCAUUUGUUAUUAUAAAAUACAAUCAUUAUGUUCAAUAGAUGCAUUUACAAUUAUAUAUUGUUUAAUCCUAUUAUUGUAUCAUAGAAACAAAAUUUAUUCUAUAAAUUGGAUUUAAAAGCUAUUUUUUAAUUUAAUAGGAAGAAUAUUUGUAUGUCAAUUGAAUACAACAGUUGAAUGAAAAUUGUAAAGUAACAUAACGAAUGCAAUUAUUUCGAACGAUUUAUUACAUGUAACAAUAUGGAGAAAUAAAAUUGUUUCC